CGCGAUAUUUGUGGAAAACUUGGCAGGUGGAACCCAGCGAGUAGUUCGUGUUGGUUUCUUGAACUUCUAUGAACAGGUCGACGCGACUACACUUGCCUUUGUUUCACCGCUGGUAAACAAAUUGUGCGACGCGUGGAUGAUAGCACCGUUCAGUCUGCGUUUCAUCGGGAACGCGGUGUUUCUCUCUGAGUCCUCGGACGGAAACAGUUGAUGUAACACUAAACAGGCGGCUUCCUGGCUCGUUUACUUGUUAUUCACCGCUACCUGUUUAUUGAAGGUUGGUAGAGUGCGUGAGAUGUGUAAACUAACGGCAGUUCACAGAGUGCCUUUUUUAAAUGACUCUCCUCAAAAGACUGGUUUUCAAUCAGUCGUCCAGUGGUUGUCUGCGUGCUGGCUUUAAGUGCCACUGUUGGGACGGUGCUUCUCCAAAUUCAUUUGCCUUUUUCACAGAAACUGUUCAGCGUCGCUGUGCGAAAACUAAACCAGUGUCUAAUUUGUCAUAUAAACUCUACCGAGCGUUUAAAGCCCACCCAUUGUUUAUCUAUAGGACACCUGAAAGAAGUUUUAACAUCUGUUGUGUUUGGCUUUGGCUAUAAGAUGGACAAGAUGCAUUCAUUUUUACGAACUGUCGCCGUUCGCUUGGUACUUUUUGUGUUAAUUUGUAUCGGUAAGUCGCUUACCACGGCGUGGGAAAUUGAGUAUUCUAUUUUUGAGGAACAGCCACCUGGGAUACCAGUCGGUAAUUUAAUUUCAGAUCUCGGAAUUGAAGAAGCCGGCAUGCUCGGUGCUUACGACUUUCGUUUUUUUCAACCGCCCAAUGGUAAUGGAUCUUUCUUGCAAGUUGGCGGGCGUAGCGGAGUUCUUACUACUACGCAAACAGUUGAUAGAGAGAGACUUUGUGCAAACGUGGAAAGAUGUAUUCAUGAAGUAAUUAUCACAUUUCAGCACCAGUCUGUAGAAUUUGUUAAAAUUAGGAUAGAAGUUUUAGAUUUGAACGACCAUGCGCCCACCUUUCCCCAGAACAUCAUUUGGAUAGAUAUUUCAGAAACAACCGCUAUCGGGUCGACAUUUCCGCAGGGGGGAUCGCUUUUUGCUGUCGACCCAGAUGCGGGCAACAACACUGUACAACUUUACGAACUUUACAACUCGUAUUCGGAUACUUUUGGCCUUAACGCGUAUUAUAGUAUUGUUGAGGAAGCGAUAGUUGCUGAAAUUGUUGUCCUGACAACGCUUGAUAGGGAAGAAACAAGUUUUUAUGAACUUGUGUUAGUGGCCAAAGACUUUGGAAACCCGAUUCGGAGUGGAUCAGCUUUGAUAAAUGUUAGUCUUAUUGACGAAAAUGAUCACAUACCAGACUUUCAGCAAAACACGUACCAUGUUGAAGUGUCAGAAAAUAUGGCAGAUGUAGUUGAGUUUUUAGUGGUGCAUGCAGUUGACUUGGAUGAUGGCGUAAAUGGGCAGGUAGUUUAUUCAUUUAGUCCAAGAACUCCCCCUUAUAUUCAAGAAUUGUUUGCCAUUGAUUCUGUAAGUGGCGCAAUGAAAACUUUACAGAGCUUAGACUAUGAAGCCCAGCAGCAUUUUCAAAUCAUUAUUCAGGCUACAGAUUUAGGGCCAUCACCCACCCCCACCUAUGCCACUGUCAUCAUAGACGUGGCUGAUCUUAAUGACAAUUUUCCAGUGAUUAGUUUGAGUUCUACCUCUGCUGUUGGUACUAAUCAAGCUCUUGUAUCAGAAGCUGUGUCACCGAAUUAUGAAGUUGCCUAUGUGACGAUCUCAGAUGCAGACAGCGGGUUAAAUGGUCAGAUGACAUUACAGUUGAUAAACAGUAACAACGACUUUGUAUUAAAAGAGAUCUACACCAACGAACUAUAUAUUCUGACUGUUGGUCAACAUUCUCUUGAUCGAGAAAUCAUUGCAGAGUACAAUUUGACUCUACAAGCGACAGACGCGGGUGACGACCCCAAAUCAAGUAGGGCUUACUUUUUUGUAAAACUUGCAGAUAUCAAUGACAACUUUCCUGUUUUUUCUAAGCGAGUCUACACUGCUCAAAUUCCAGAAAAUAAUAUAGUUGGUGCAUAUAUUACCAAGGUUACUGCAUUGGAUCCAGAUUUAGAUGCAAAUGGUCAAGUUGAGUACGUACUUUGGAAUUAUCAUCAUGAGUUUGACAUCAAUAUCAUAACUGGUGAAAUCACUGCUAAAAAAUUGUUGGAUUAUGAGGAGCGUUCUUUUUAUAACAUUAAUGUUACUGCCUGCGAUCAUGGAACUGUUCAACAAUGUAGUGAUGCCACUGUGAGACUCUUCAUCCUGGAUCAGAAUGACCAUGCACCUUUUUUCAGCCAGAAUUCAUACACUUUUUCAGUAUCGGAAAACUUGCCUCCUGACACUUCAAUUGGGAAAAUCAGAGCUUCAGAUUUAGACACUGGUGAAAACAGUCGUUUAAUUUAUUCUCUCCUUGGAGAACACAGCCAGCAAUUCAGGAUUAAUCAUCGCACUGGUGAUGUUUUUACCCAAGUGUCCUUCAAUUAUGAGAGUGAAACUCAAUGUGAUCUUGUUGUCAUGGUAACAGAUCAUGGGACCCCUGCAAGGACUGAUAGUGCUACUGUCCAUGUUGCCAUUAUUGAUCAAAAUGAUAACAAGCCAGUGAUUAUAUACCCACAAGGUUAUAAUAUUAUUUAUGUACCUCUCUCUGCAAAGCCUGGACUAGCUGUUAUGACAAUUCAAGCGGCUGAUGCUGAUGAUGGUCAGAAUGGUGAAUUGCGCUAUUACAUAACAGAUGGUAACAUCUUUGAUCUUUUCCAAAUCAGUGAAACGACUGGCGAGAUCUACACGGCCAAAAAUCUUGAGGAGAAUUUAGUGGGACUGCAUAAAAUUACUGUCAAAGUUGAAGAUCAGGGAGUUGAUAAACAAUCUGUCAGUUUGCGAUUGAACGUUAUUAUAUCAGACCUGCCCUUCAACCAUUCCCUCGUCAACUAUACAAAUAUUGGAAAUUUAACUGAAGUUCUUCCACCAGCAAAAAUACAGACAUUUUUCCUGUUUACUGUUUCGGGAAUCGCUAUUUUGGUUCUCGGAUCCUUGAUAUUGGUCUUGGUCAUUGUUGUCGUCAUCAUCAUUGUCAGAUGUCGGACUAACGAAAAAGCAGUCCGAACUUACAAUUUUCGAAGGGAGGAGAGUUUAUUUAACACCAGUAAAUCAACUAGUCGCACCGCAACUCCGCAAAAUGUUGCAAACACGGUGGAUGCAUACCUGGCUAUGCAGUCACCAGAUGUGACCUGUGUCACACCAGGACUAAUGCAUGCUGGGAGUUUUGAUAAACAUUCUGGAAUGGGGUCAUCAGUUAUGAUACAGAAUAUGUACAAUGAUAACUCUGAAUCUAUCCGAUCUAGUCACUCUGGAAUUAUGCCGAUGUCAGACACUGACGCAGAGGUUGAUCAACUGCUGUCUUUUCCCACAAAACACCAACAAGACCAACAGGAUGAGAUUGCAAGUUAUGAUAGUGGUCGUGGAGAAAGCGACCGGGAUGCCCGCGAACACAACUCGGCUAAUGGAUUGGCGAGUAAUUCACAAAAGGACCAUAAAGAGACUGAUGAUGCACUCGAAGACACCAGUUAUAUGGCGAGCCCUCGAUGUACUGUUGAAUGUAAAACGUUAGGUCAUUCUGAUCAAUGCUGGAUGCCACCUCAAGAACCCAAUCCCCGGCAACACCGUAUUCCUGUUGAUAUCCCCGACAACUAUCUUGCAUCAUACAAUUGUGAUGAUCGAGGAAUGGCGAGUCCCACAUACAGUGAUAGCGAUUCUAGUCCAGAUUACGAAUUGGAGAAUGGUGUCCAAUGGCCGAUCGCUAGCUUCACAUCUUUUGGAUAUGAUCCACCAAAGCCAGCAGCAUCUAACACAAACUUUGAUCGCCAAGGAAGCGCAAGACUACGGCAUCAUUUGUUUUCAGAGCCAUUGACUCCAAUCACUGAGCACCCAGCAGAAAGUUUAACUGAACUCUUGGAAGGUGCACAGGAAUUGGAGCGACAGAAAAAGAAUGACUUGCAUAGCCAGAUGAGUUUAGGGGAUCAUUUAAGUAGUCGAUCAAGCAGCACGUCAUCGGGUAACAGUUACGUCAAUAGAAAUCCACCAAACGACAGUGCAAUGAAUAGAGCGGCUCACAGACAAUCGCCAAAAUCAUUCUCUGAUUACUCCUGUACUAUGUCAGAAAGUAGCCUAUCAGAAGGAGAGUUUGAAAUUGACUCGUAUCCAAGGAAGAAUGUUGUGAAUCUCCUUGACAACCAGAGAGAAACGGCUAUUACUGAUGACGGAGAACACUGUGAUGCGGCUCAGUUGGUUAAGCACAUAGACAGUCUAUUUUUCAGUGAUUCCACUGUUUGAUCUCAACACGACCAAUGAAACUACUUAAUUUUUUUUUUUUUUACUGUGACAAUAUGUCAGUUGUUGUGUUUACUUUUCUGCUAUAAACAUGCUACAGGUGGUUUUCAGGGUGUCAUGUCAAUGCAAUGUUUCCUAUCGUAGGAGUUUAUGCUCAGCACCGCUGUUGAAUUCUAAAUUGGUGAAAUCGUUUUUGAAAGUUUGUCAGUACAUUUUAACCCAUGGCUAGUGUUUUCUACCCAACAAGUGUCUGCAGCGGGCUUUGAUAAAAAAAAAAGCUUGUUACAUUUCACCCUAAAUAAAUGGAAUAACUCAAUAAUUAUGUCUUCCGCUUUGUACACUGCAAUCAUACCUCACAGUAUUUUGUGACUAUCAUUUGGGCCAAUUGAAGUAGGCAUUUGUGCUGAGAGAAGUAACUAGCAAGCUUUUGUUUAAUCUAUCAAAUAAUUUGCUUGCCCUCCAUUAAAUCAGUUACGUAACAUUCAAUUUUGAGAAAAAGUAGUACUAAUGAAAGAAGAACUCUAGCAAUAUUUUUUUUACAGUUUAUAUAAAUAUAUCUAUAAUAUAUAUUUCACCAAAGAGCUUUAUCAUUACUGUUUUAGUUUGUUUUUAAAAAAAAAAAUUAAAAUUUUUCAUGUUACGGUGCUUUGCCUAUGACAUAGGACAAAACUUAGUUUUUGAGAGUUUGUUUUUAGAGCCAAUUUUAAAGUUUAUGUAAUUUGUUUUUUUGGACAAAUAUAUAUUAAGUAUGUAGCAUGCUUAUUAUAUAUUCAUAUUCACUGGAAAAAUAACAAAGUAAAUUUAGAAAUAAUGACUAGAAAUCUUUAAUCAGUGACUUUGGGGAGCUUACUCAUUUAUAUGAAAAAUUUGUACCUGUACUUGGAUCCAUCUUAGUAUUGCACAAAGAAUUUGAGUUGAACAGCUCCAAUUUUCAUGAAGAAGUCCCCCUAGUUCAUUCAAAGCUAUUUAAUUUUCAU